UAAUUAUUUGCUCUCCGGCCUAGGACUGCCUAACUGUCUUAUUUACCUAAAGCACUUCUAUUUUGAAAAAGUGUUUUAUCAAAUUUGUUUUAGAGGGAUUUCAACCUUACUGUAUAGGGCUUAAAUGGAGUCUGAACGUCAGAAUAGCCCUAACAACACAACCAACUUUAUAACCAGAAACCGUUCCUCUAGUCCUAUAAACGGUAAAAGCGAAGGCAGAAGUUUAAGCAAAAGCCGUGAAAGUGCACAAAGGAAACUUUACCCUAGUAGGGAAAAUAACUCAGAUAAAUUAAAAAAAAAGGAGAAGAACAAAGAAAGGGAUAAAAACAGACAUAAACGUCGUAGUCAUAAAUCUAGAUCUAGAUCUAGAAGUAGAAGUCCAAUUAGGAAAAGGCAUAGAAGUCCAACUUUUGAAGUUGAUGAGUUUGGAAGAGUUAGAAAAGACAAACACAAAAGUGAACUUGAAAAACUUGUUGAAUUUCGAGUUAAGGAGGAGGUUCGUAAAAUACAAGAGGAGCUGGAAAAAGAUAUGACCAGGCGUCUUAGCUCUGAGAAAAAUAGGAUCGAGGAAUGGUAUAAAGAAAAGCUUGAAGAAGAAAGAGUAAAGCUCAAGUUAGAGCUAGAAUCUAAACUUGAAGCAGAAGUAAAAAGACGCGUAGAAGUAGAACAGAAAAGGCUCCAAGCAGAGCAGAAAAGCGUUGAAGAGAUAAUUGAAGAAAAUAAUCGUAAGCUUCUUGAAGAACAAAGGAAGAAGGAUGAGGAACAACUUUUAAUUAUUCAGAAGAAGCAAGAAGAACGAAAGAAGAUAAUAGAGGAGGAACGAAGAAAGAUUGAGGAGUUUAAAGCACAACAAGCCGAAAUUUUAAACAUAGGAAAAGCACGAAGCAAGCUUUCUUUCGGACUAAAAAUGAAACAUAUUUUGUAA